AUGCACGCGAUCGUCGCGCCGCUGCCGGACAAGCUGCGCGCCGCGUCGCACGGACGCGCUGUGGCGGGCAUGAUCGGCAUGGAGCUGCUGUGGGGCAACGACUUGGUGGUGGACGUCCCGGGGGGGAGUCUGCAGUUGCUGCCCGCGGGAGAGGGCACGUCGCUGGCGGAGGCGACGUGGCCUCCGAUGACGGCGAUCCCGCUCGCGGUGCUGCCGUCGCGAGUGCUCGGCAUCGGGGCGAGCUGUGGGCGGGUGAUGAUGGACUCCGGGGGGGGGGUGUUGUCCCGGUCGGACGGGAAAGCUUGUGGGGUGGUGUCGGCCGACCAGGGCGCGCGGGUGUUCCCGGCGGUGCUGGACACGGGCGCAACGAUGACGUUCGUGAACACGCCCGCCGCGGCGGUCACGGGGCUCGUGCCUGCCGACGCGAAGCAGGCGCAGGAGGCGCUCGCAGCGAUGGCGCGCGGCCCGCUGGAGGCGGUCGCGGCGGUCGGCGUGGACGGGCGGGCGAGCGGCAUCAUGCCGCGGACAGUCGCGCAGGUCGCGCUGUGCGGCAAGCUGGCUUCGGAGACGACAGUUCACAGCUUGGUGUUCGACCCCGUGCCGGUGGCGAUCGGGCCGGUGCCGGCGCUGCGGCUGGUGCUCGCGGCCGGAGACGCGAAGGAGCCGUACUUGGGCCCCGGCGGACUGAUCGGAAUGGACGUUCUGAGUCAGCGGCGGUGGAUUUUGUGCGCAGCACGGCGCCGGCUCUACGUGGCGUGCUGA